AUGGCACAAAUCAUAGCGGUCCGUAGAUUAGCAUCUUUGCUUAAAAGGACACAUCGCUGCCAGCUUCUGCCGGUAUCAGCAAAUAUCUCCCACAGUGUAUCUCAUUGGAAACAGGAAAAUCCGAAGGAGGAGAUCAAUAACGAACCCAUCAAAUACUUUGGAAGUCAAGCGUCCCGCUGGACGGCACAACGCAGCCGGGAGGGACCCAAAGGGCAAGACAUUCCUUGGUUUCAGCCAUAUGUGGUAAACUUUAGUGUAGCGAUAUUUCUGAUUUAUUUUUGCAUUCUACGAGAAGAGAACGACAUUGACGAAGGCUUAGGGCGAUCACUUUUCGAACAUGUGCCCGGUUUGGAGGAAAAACAACUCAUAGUCAGUUAUCAUUACCACAAGGAAAAUGGUCUAUCAACGCUUGAUAUUGAGAGCAGGAUGAAAGAGUUGGGCAUGAACUUUGAAAGUGCUAAUUAG